UCAUCUCAAAGCAAAUAUAUGUCCUAAGAAACAGCAGCUGAGCUCUGAUCACAAUGAAACUCUCAAUGGUGUUAUUACUUUUGCACUGUCUGAGCUUGUGCACAAUCGGACAAACCAGAGACUGUGGUGAACGGAAGGAGGUAAAUGGACACUGCUGUGACAUGUGUCCCCCAGGGACUUUUCUAGAGGAAUAUUGCUCUGAGUUUCAUCAAACUGUCUGUAAGCCCUGUCCGAAGGGACACUACUCGGAUAAAUACACCUUUUUCCCGGUCUGUGAAGAGUGCAAUCACUGCCCCCAAGGCUUUUCUGAGAGGUGUACAUCAACCACGAGUGGAACUUGUUCUUGUCAGUCUGGUUUCCUCUGUUCUAACAACCUCUGCUCAGAGUGUGAAGAAAACAGAUGUAAAGCAUGGGAGAAGCCAACCAGGACAGAGAAUCUGUCGGGUCCCAAUUUGACAACAUAUUCAUAUAAAUGUGAACCUAAAUGUCGGGGAAAUGAAUACUUUGAUGUGGAAAAUGACAUCUGCAAGCCACGCACAGAGUGCGUGGCUACCAGAUAUGAACGGAUUCCAGGAAACGAGACCCGUGACUCUGUUUGUUAUGACCCUGAGACACAGAGAGACUUCAUUUAUGUGACCAUGUGCAUCGGAUUUGUUUUUCUCUCCCUCGCCGUCUUUAUUUUUGUGUCUUAUACCUGCUCAAAGAACCUCAGGAAGCGCACAGCAAAUCAACCUGUCCAAGUGGUCCCAGUCAACACCAGCAGCUUUCAUCUUUCAAAGGAGGAGAGUGGAGUCCAGCUCAUGAUCCAGGAUGAAGUCAAGGACAGUUCAUGUCAGCUGCAUCUGGAAAUAAGAUGACAGUGUCACCAGCCUCAAUUAGCCACAGGGUCCAUUGUUUUAAUUUAACAGCAUCUUGCUUGUGUAUGGAAACCCCAAAACAGGGUACUUCACUGAUUGGAUAUCUAUUUCAAAUGAUUUCAGCCACUCUGACAUCAAAUGGAUAAGAAUAAUGUGUAUGAUUUUGUGUAAGUGUGAAAAAGAAAAUGUUAAGAAAUUGUGUGACUUAUGUUAAGUGUUUACUGUCUACAUGCUUUAUGAAAGUGCUUUUUGUUUUGAUUUCCUGACCAUAUUUCCAACGAAAAAUACUCAUCUGGAUGAUACAAUCUCAUCCAGGAUUAGAUUAUGUGUUAACGUUGGAAAUGAAGGGGAACUCU